GUUCCUUUUCUACAUUUUCUGUGGCCCCUUUUUUUAUUUUUAUUUUUCUUGAAGAUAAUAGAUAAAAAUGACUAAAGCUGAUCAUUACUGGGGACCAGUGACUAGCUCAGUAGAUUGGUGCGAAGAAAAUUAUCUGUAUUCUGCUUACAUUGCAGAAUUCUGGAAUACAAUUUCAAGUUUUGCCAUGGUCAUCUUUGGCUGCCUAGGUGCAUGUUUACACUGGCAAUCGUUGGGAUGGAAGCUAAGUGCUGGUUACCUAUUUAUUGUCAUUGUUGGCAUAGGAAGCAUCUUAUUUCAUGGCACAUUACAAUUCCAAUACCAAAUGUGGGACGAGGUGCCAAUGAUUUGGACUGCAUGCUAUUUAUUUUGGUUAUUAUUAGAAGAGCAUGGAUAUAAACAUGCGUUUUACGCAACGAUGAUGAUUGUUUAUUGUUUACUGGCUACCAUCUUGACUAGUCAAUCCAAAGGCAGCUUACAGUUUUACUUGUUCCAAGCAUCAUUCGGUCUAAUUAUGUGGAGUUGUUUUUGGUUUGUCUGGCAAAUGUAUCGACGCGUAGAAAGAAAGGAAAUCAAGUCUAUUUUUCAUCAAGGUGUUUAUUAUCUUAUAGGAGCCAUCUCUGUUUGGUUAUUCGAUAAAAAUCUUUGUUUUGUUUAUAAAUGGAUUCCUAACCCUCAAUUCCAUGCUUGGUGGCACAUUUUGAUGUGCAUCAGUCUACAUUAUUUUUUUGUGGGCGCAGGACAUGAAAUGGUCAAAACAAAGGCAGAAAUCAGAUACUUAAGAAAUAUCAUUCCAUAUAUUAAAGUUAAUCAUCAAAAAGACGAAUGAAACAAUUAAGGUUGGACAAAGAACCAACAUGAUGGAUAUUGCUAACCAAAUAAAGUUUAUUCUAAUUUUUUCUUUUCAAUAACCAUAGCAACUCCUUUCAAAUUCCGAAAUUCAGGUUAAACUUUGUUUAAACAAUCAUUGUAUCAAACGGGGCCAGAACCUAAAAAUUUGCUGUGUGUUAUGACAUCAAUCGAAAAAUAAAGAAGAGAGGCAAUCGAGAUAUUUCCCAAUCAAGUCUUUUAUGUAUUUUGUGUCCCCUCCCCCUAGUUUUUCCUUUCCCCCCAAAGAAUGCUUUUUUUUUGUAUUGCAUGAAACAUUAUUAUUUUUAUUUUUUCGCGCGUUUAUGACAUAAUUUGCUGAUCAUAGAAGGGAAAAAAAAAGUUUAAAAUAGAUUAUAAAUAUACCUUUUCCUUUCUUUUUUCUUAUUUAUUUAU